UUUUUGCUAUAUCAUCAGUAAUAUUUUUUUCUUUUCAAUCGAGAAUAGUCGAAAAAAUCUUAGGUAUACUUAAUAUUUUUUAAUUUUUAUUAUUAAAUUGUCCACUUUUCUAUGAAAUAUUUUUUUUAAAGAAUGUGGGAAAAUUUUAUUCUUGAUACACUCCUGUAUCAUGUGUUAACCUCGACCGCAUUCAAACUCUCCCCCCUCUCACAUUUUGCACUCUAUCUAUAAAUACACGAACGCGUCUCUUUCGUAUUACGAUCGAAUCUCCAUGGAUUGGAGCUUUGUUGGCAUCCAUUGUUUGCAUUGCAACAAAACUCUUAAACAAUAUACUCGACAACGAAGAAUUUAUUAUCAUUUGAUUGUGUUUUGAAGAACAAAAAAAAAAAAUGUUGGCAAGAAAGAAAAAACAUUUUUUAACGUACGAAGAACAACAUGAAGUUAUAAAAAAACUUAAAUCUGGUAUCUCAAAUGAAACAAUUGUACAUGAAUAUGGAAUAAGUAUGUCAACGUGUUGUCGUUUAUUGAGUCGUGAAUCAAAAUUAUUGCAAAAACUUCACAAUAAUCAUGAAACAAGAAGAAAAAAAACAUCAAAAACAAGUAGCUAUGAAUGUUUAGAUGACGCUGUUUUAAUUUGGUUUCAACAGGCCAGAGACAGAGGCAAACCAAUUAAUGGGCCAAUUCUUCAGGAAAAGGCUCUUGCUUUAAGUAAAAAAUUUUCGUUUUCUCCAAAAUUUAAAGGAAGCAAUGGUUGGUUGAGAAAUUUUAAGCGGCGUCACGGUAUUAAAUCUUAUGAUUUUGAAUGUAAAGAAGAUUUAACAUGGAUUUUAGCAGAGAAAAUUGCUACAGAAAAUUUAUAUUUGGAAAAUAUUUAUAAUGCUGAUGAAUGUGGAAUUAAUUGGCAAGCAUUGAUCUCCUUUGGUCAACAAGAGAUAAAUGAAAUGAAUAAUAAAAAUGAAUCUUGUGACAAAAUGACAAUGUUAUUUUGUACCAAUGCCACUGGCACUAAUAAAAUUCCACUGUUGACAAUUUCCAAAGCAGAAUCAUCAGAAUGUUUUCUAAAAAAUUCAAUAACUCAAAAAUUUGAAAUAAAUCGUCUCCAAUAUUUGUCUGAUUUUAAUAAUGUCAUUUAUACACAGCAAAAUGAUUCGUUAAUGGAUAAAGACAUAUUUUUGCUUUGGUACAAGGAAAUAUUUAUUCCACAUGUUGUUGAUCAUCGAAAAAAAUGUGGAAUUAUUGGAAAAGUAAUUUUAAUAUUGGACAAUGCACCCAUACAUUUAUCUUUAAAAAUUCUCAAUGCAGUGAAUAAAGAUUUUGAAGUUUUAUAUUUACCAGCAAAUGUACCGGCAAUGAUUCAACCCAUGAAUCGUGAUUUAAUGAUAUUUUUCAAAAAACAAUGCAAAAUGAAAUUAUUGGAAAAUGCAUUAUUUCACAAUGAAGGGGUAGAAGAGUUUUUGAAAAAUUUCAAUAUUUUUCUUAUUGGCCUACGUCUUAUUAGUGAAACGUGGAAUGAAUUAAAAAUAACAACACUUCGAAAAGUUUGGAAACCACUUGUAGGUGAUUCAUGCAUUACUGAUGAUCCAUUAUUUAUUGAUCAAUCGAAGAAUGAUGAUACAAUAGAAUUACAUGAAUCAUUAAAUUUUCCUUAUGAAAUUGGCGAUAAAUUUGUUAAAAUUUUAAUUGAAUUAAAUUCUUCAUUGAAAAUGACAAAAGAAGAACUUGUCAUGUGGUUUGAAACAAAUGACACUGAUUGUGGUUGGCAACCAUUGUCAGACGAUGAUAUUGUACAUUUUAUAAAUAGCGAAAAAUUAACAAUUAUGAAAAAAUGUAAUAAUAAGAGUGAUAAAAAUAGUGGAAAUAAAUUCGAAACUAUCAAAUUGAAUCAAAUGGAUUGUGAUGAUGAUGACGACGAUGAAGAAAUUGAAAUUGAAUCUAUAAGUAUUAAAUCGGAACAAAUUGACAAUAAUGAACGAUAUGAAUAUGCCGAAUUUGAACAAAUUAAUGACAAUGUUGAUAAUUCUAAUGAUAAUGUCACAAUUAAAAAUGAAUGUGAAAAUAUUACAUUGGAAAAAAUUGUUAAUUAUGAAAAAAAUGAAAAUCGAUUGGAAAUUAUGGAAUCGAAAGAAAUAACAGUAUCAGAGGCAUUAGAUUGUUUUAUGAAAUUUAAAAAAUGGUCAGAAACUUGUAAACAAUUUUCAAAGUUACAUCUUGUUUGUAUUGAAGAAAUUCAGAAUAUUAUAAUUGAAGAGAAAAGAAUUUCUUUCUAAAAAAAUAUAUAGUUAGUAAUGUAUAUAAUAUUGUAUGUAAAAUAAUUGAAAAUAUAAAUUUAUUUUUAAAUACUA